AUGCCCAAAGAAGAGAUCCUGCUCGACUCAUGCCAAGGUGAAAGUACUCCACCACCUCGGGAACUGCCCAAAGAAGAUAUCAUGCUUGACAUAUGCCAGGGUGGAAGCAUUACACCACUUCAGGAGCUGCCCAGAGAAGAGAUCCUGCUUGACCUAUGCCAGGGUGAAGGCACACAUCCUGUAUGCCAGGGAUGUCAGGGCAAGGAGCAUGGAAGCAAAGUAAUACCAUCAGAGACUGCAAGUGAGGCAUUACAUUCUAAACCGCAGCAAGAUACUCCAACAAUUGUCAUAGAGCAUUUCGAUGAUGUGUCCACAGAUUUAGAGACUUCUGGUUCUGAGGAAGCGACCUAUGUGGAAGCUGUGACCAAUGCGCAGGAUGUGGAUGCAGCUCGGUGUUUGGCAUCAAAGCUCUUCCACCUGGAUGGCUUUGACAGAUCUCAAGUUGCUCCUUAUCUUCAGAAAAACAAUGAUUUUAGUGCCAUGGUGGCUGAGGAAUACCUUGCUCUCUUUGACUUCAAAGGGAAGACCCUGGAUGUAGCGCUCAGAUCUCUUCUGCAAGAGCUGGUGUUGACUGGGGAGACUCAAGAACGAGAGCGAGUGUUGUACCAUUUCUCCAAACGCUUCCAUAGCUGCAACCCCAAGGAGUACGGCUCUGCAGAUGCUGUUCACACACUUACCUGCGCCCUCAUGCUGCUUAAUUCAGACCUACAUGGGCAGAACAUUGGAAAGAGCAUGACAGCACAGGAUUUCAUCAAUAACCUGGAGGGCAUGAAUGAUGGUGGCAAUUUUCCACGGGAGCUCCUGAAGGGUUUGUACCACUCCAUCCGUGUAGAGAAGCUGGAAUGGGCCAUGAGUGAAGAGAAGCUAGCAACCGUCCUUGUUGCAAAACCAGAAAAUCUUUUGUCUGUUCGGAAAAAAAGCAAUCCUUUUGUGGACCUACCAGCACCAGACCCUCAGGCCCCAGUCUUCAAACAGGGGAUGCUCUGCCGCAAAGUACAUGCAGAUAUUGAUGGCAAAAAGACUCCAUGGGGAAAGAGACGCUGGAAAUCCUUCCACACUGUGCUGAAGGGGAUGCUGCUCUUCUUUCUAAAGGAUGAGUACAGGGUUGACUUCCAGUUUCCUGAGGAAGUGAUCAGCAUCCAUCAUGCUCUAGCUGAGAGAGCCAGUGACUACACCAAGAGACCCAAUGUCUUCCGCCUGCAGACUGCUGAUUGGCGUGUAUUUCUCUUCCAGGCUCAGACCUCAGAAGAGAUGAAUUCCUGGAUUUGCCGGAUUAAUUUAGUUGCAGCCAUG